CAGCGAGCAUACUUGCAAGGUAGCAAAAGGUAUAAAAAGCCACAAAUUUAAGGUUGAAAUGCUCAAAAUUAGCUGAAAAUGCUAGCAUGCUAAUGUUGACAGGAUAACAUAGAAAUGUUAGCAUUCUAAAGUUAACACGCUAGCUUUUUUAACUAAUUUUGCAUGCGGACUCCUCAGAGUCGUAUAAUUUGGUACUUGUCAUAUGCUAACUGUAAGCAUGCUAACGUUAGUAUUUCAAUUCGGCUUGCACGUAUCGUAGCUCAUUUUUCAGACAAGUUUUGAAAAAUAUAAUAAUAAUAAUAAUAAUAAUAAUAAUAAUAAUAGAUUUUAGUUGUAAAAAGCACUUUAAAUUGAGUAAACUAUCUCAAAGUGCUACAGUGUAUUAAAAAAAAAAAAAAAAAAAGAUAAUCAAAAAUAAAAACUAGAACAGCCAAAUAGCUAUAACUAGUAUGCAUAUAUCUAAAAAAAAAUGCUUUUUUAAAAAGAAGGGCUUUUAAGCCUUUUUUAAAAGCAUCCACAGUCUGUGGUGCCCUCAGGUGGUCAGGGAGAGCGUUCCACAGACUGGGAGCGGCGGAGCCCGGUCUCCCAUUGUUCGUAGCUUUGUCCUCGAACAAAUAUACAGAAAGCGUUUGUGGAUUCAUGAAAUGACUUACCAGCCAAACAUGCUGAUCGCUGAUAUCGCCAACAGCGGUAGACUUUGGUUGGUUAACGACUCUUUGUGUUCCGUGUGGUGUUCCCAGGAUGAAAAUGCGGCGGCACCGGGUGUUCUUGCUGUGCACGGUGGGCCUGUGCGUCAUCUCCUUCCUGCACUACUACAAGGCCCUCCACUACGUCUCCCUGCUGCGCGAGCUCUCCGCCCCCGCCCCGUACUCCAACAUCAAGUCCUUCAUCAUGGUCUCCGGCUUGUUCUGGAGGGAGAAGGGAGCGGCAGCCACGUCGCUCAGCCCCGCCUCCCCCGAAGAAGCCCCGCCCAUGCCGGCCCUCCGUCCGUCGGACGCCAAAGGCGACGCGGCGGAGGACGCGGGACCGGAGCCGGCGCCCCCUCACCCUUGGCAGAAACCAGAGGAGAACCUGCGGGUAGACGUUCCGAGUCAGCAAGAAGAAGACCACCUACAAGCCCGGGAGCCCAGUCGCCCUCCUCGACCUGCAGGCGUUGACCAGCAGGUCGUCCUGUCGGACAUUGAGCACCCGGCGGUGUCCCUGUGGGACCAAACUUCAGACCCCUUGGAGUCCAUAGGAGACUUGCACACCCGCACUCACCAACUGCAAGACGACAAAACUCCGUACUUUGCGCGGACCAAAGCCGGAGCUCUUUGCUUCCGGCAGGGGACGGAGGUGGCUAGCCCAAAGGACAACUCCGGAAGAACGGGCGCGGCCGCGGCCGGGGAAGGCGGACGCACGGGGCUGCCCGGGCAUCGGAAACCUCUGGAGGUUCAGCAGCAGCCGUCCACGCUUCCGAAACCCAAGACGAGGGCGCGAGGCGGCCGGCGUCUGGUGAAGUGCGUUUGCCGCCCGGGGUGGCACGGACCCUACUGCGGCGUUCCCACCAUGGUGUACCACUCCAACCUGCCCACCAAGGAGCGCCUGACGCCCAGAGAGACUCCUCGGCGGAUCAUCAACGCUAUCAACGUGAAUCACGAGUUUGACCUGCUGCACGUGCGCUUCCACGAGCUCGCCCAGGCCGUCGACCUGUUCCUAGUCUGCGAGUCCAACUUCACGGCGUACGGAGAGAAACGAUCUCUGAGUUUUCUCCGGCGUCUCCUCAACGGCACGUACGACUACAUCCGCCACAAGAUCCUGUACGUGUUCCUCGACCACUUCCCGGACGGCGGGCGGCAGGACGGGUGGAUCGCCGACGACUACCUGCGCACCUUCCUGACCAGCAACGGCAUGUCCCGGGUGGACGGCGUCCGGCCAGACGACGUCUUCGUCAUCAACGACGCCGACGAGAUCCCGGCUCGUGAGGCCCUCCUCUUCCUCAAGCUGUUUGACGGCUGGACGGAGCCUUUCGCCAUCCACAUGCGCAAGUCGCUCUACGGCUUCUUCUGGAAGCAGCUGGGCUCGCUGGAGGUGGUGUCGGGCUGCACGGUGGCCAUGCUGCGCGAGGUCUACGACGGCGACGGCAUCAAGCUGCGGCGGCGCCAGUACUACACGCUGCCGGGCUUCCGCAGGUACGAGAACGAGACGGGCCACAUCCUGGUGCAGUGGUCCGUGGGCAGCCCCUUCCACUUCGCCGGCUGGCACUGCUCCUGGUGCUUCGCGCCCGAGGGCAUCCACCACAAGCUGGUGUCGGCGCAGAACGGGGACUUCCCGCGCUGGGGCGACUACGAGGACAAGCGUGACCUCAACUACAUCCGCGACCUGAUCCGCACGGGCGGCUGGUUCGACGGCUCCGUGCAGGAGUACCCCCCCGUGGACCCCAAAGAGCACAUGUACGCCCCCCGCUACAUGCUGGAGCACUACGACAGGUACCGCUACCUCCUGGAGAACCCCUACAGCCUAACGCCCGCGUAGCAGGGCGGCCAUCUUGGGUAGGACGGGAACACGACCCAACUCGCUUGAAAAGCACUGACGGCGUUCCCGGGACCGCCCCGCCCCCGCCGGGGACGAUCGGACAUGACGCGACCACUGGAGUAACCAAAUCGUUUCCUCAUUCCUGCUCUUGGUAGGGGGCGUGGCUAGGGCCGGUUUGCCCCGCCCACAUCCGGCGAUGGCCGGCCUCUUACUUGAAGAUUCCUUCCUGUUUGGACACUUCCUGUCCGAGAUGCGUCCCCACAACGCACGCACUCAUCUCGCAUGCACCUGUGUGUGUGUGUGUGUGUGUGUGUGUGUGUGUGUGUGUGUGUGUGUGUGUGUGUGUGUGUGUGUGUGUUUGUGUGUGUGUGUGUUGAGAGGUUGUGUAUCCAUGAGCCAAGAAAGAACGCAAACAAAAAAUAAUAUUUAUGAUUUAAAUGGAAGCUUAUUUCCACGUCCCAACAUGAGAAUUGCAGGAAUGUGUGUGUCUGUGUGUGUGUCUGUGUGUGUGUGUGUGUGUGUGUGUGUGUGUGUGUGUGCGUGUGUGUG